AUGGAGUUGAAGGACGCCUUCUCGCGGGUCAACGCGGUUUCGACUGACCCCGACGACCUUCAUACGCAUGGAUUCUCCUCGAACAUCUAUCACCCUGGUGCUUUGCAUAGCGUCAUCGUCUAUCCAGAAUCGACCGAAGAUGUUGUGAAAGUAGUGAAGAUCGCGACGAAGUACCGGAUGCCGGUUGUCCCUUACUCCGGUGCUACUAGCCUGGAGGGACAUUUCCGCGGUCAUGAAGUCGGCGGGAUAUGCGUCGACCUUAAUCGCAUGGACAAGAUAAUCCAAAUUAACGAGAAGGAUUCGGACAUGGUCUGCCAGCCAGCAGUCCGGUGGAUGGACAUCAACGAACUGCUCAGGGAUAAAGGAAUACCGCUCUUCUUUCCAAUAGACCCAGGUCCAGGUGCAACGAUAGGAGGUAUGCUGAGCACGGGCUGCUCGGGAACGAAUGCCGUCAGAUAUGGUACCGCGAAAGGAGAAUGGUUCCUGAACGCGACUGUCGUGCUACCUUCAGGAGAAGUGAUAAAGACGCGUCGGAGAUCGAGGAAGUCCGCGGCGGGGUUUGACUUGACGAAGUUGUUCAUCGGCGCUGAAGGGACUCUGGGCAUUGUCACCGAAGUGACAAUCCGGCUAGCGCCUCUUUUACCAACCAAUGUGGCCGUCGUCCAUUUUCUGGACGUACGAGCAGCGACCGAAGCUUCGAUAGAAAUUAUCAACCAAGGAGCUGGUAUUCAAUGUGUCGAACUUAUAGACGCUCUCUCCAUGAAAGCAACUAACAACUACGGCAAGUCAAAGCGGAAGUGGCAAGAAAAAGACAGCCUAUUCUUCAAAUUCCAAGGACCUACAGACGCUUCUUUGAAGGAGACCGCUCAGAUGGUCAAGAAGAUCUCAGAGAAGCAUGGCUCGACGGGCUUCGCGCUGGCGAAAAAUCAGAAAGAGGCUGAGGAAAUAUGGACGGAUAGGAAGAACCUUUACUAUUCGGGGCUGUCUCUCAUUCCGGGAUCAAAAGGAAUUACAACGGACGUUUGCGUACCAAUUUCGAAAUUACCCGACCUCAUACACGAGACGAGAAAGGAUCUCGACAGCGUUGGGUUGGUCUCGCCAAUUAUCGGGCAUGUCGGCGAUGGGAAUUUUCACGCGUUGUUGCUCUUCAAAAACGAUGAAGAGUUUAAGCUUGCGAAGGAGGCAGUUGGUCGUAUUUCACGACGUGCGAUCGAAUUAGAGGGCACUUGUACGGGAGAGCAUGGUGUUGGAAUCGGGAAGAAGGAAUAUCUCGUCGAGGAGUUGGGAGAAGGAACCGUUGAACUGAUGAAAACGAUAAAGAAAGCUGUCGAUCCGCUUGGGUUGUUUAAUCCUGGAAAGUUAUAUCCAGAUAGAACGAGACAAGAAAAAUGA